CCGGGGCGGCGCUCCCGGGGCUAGUGGGUAUCGGUCUGUGUCGUGAGCCAGAGGUGCUAGGGCGGGUACUGUGUGCUGUGGCUGUUCCGCAGGUCCAGGCUGAACCGUAGACACAGUCCCCUCCUCUUCCUUCCCCGGACGCGGCCUCGGGGAACGCUCGACGAGGAAUGAGAACUCCGGCUUUUGUCCUAGGCCGGCGCGGCGGCCGCUCCGACGCGCGGGGAGACGGGGCCUGAGCCCCGGCCGGCAUGAGGAGCGACUCCCCGACCCCUGCGGCCCCGCCCAGGGCGCUCGGGGGGCCCCUGCGGAGCAGCGAGCCGGUGCGCGCCGCCCCGGUCCCGUCGGCGGCCGCGGCCCUGCUGGAGGAGGCGGCCGACCUCCUGGUGGUGCACCUGGACUUCGCGGCGGCGCUGCACGCCUGCGAGCGCGCCCGGCGGGCCCUGGCCGACGGCGCCCCGGCGGAGCAGCCCGCGGGCACCUCCUCGGAGGUGAAAUGCUCCCUCUGUGUUGUGGGGAUCCAGGCCCUGGCAGAAAUGAAUCGGUGGCGGGAAGUGCUGUCCUGGGUCCUUCAGUAUUACCAGGUUCCUGAAGAGCUGCCCCCCAGAGUCCUGGAGCUGUGUGUUCUUUUAUACAGCAAAAUGCAAGAGCCUGGAGCCAUGCUGGAAGUGGUCAGUGCCUGGCUCCAAGACCCAGACAAUCAGGGCCUUCCAGAAUACAGAGCCUUGGCAGAACUUCACCUGCAGCGGGUUCUGCUGCCUCUGGGCUGCCUGUCGGAGGCUGAGGAGCUGGUGGUGGGCUCUGCAGCCUUCAGUGAUGAGCAGCGGCUGGACGCACUCCAGGCCAUUAGCACAGCAAGGCAACAGCAGGGACACCAAUGCUCUGGCUCUGAGGAGGCCCAGAAACUAAACCAGCAAGGCUCCUUCUCCCACAAGUUUCUGUCACUAUUGCUGUUGCUUCGCCGGCUUUGGGACUUUGCAGUGAGCCACUUCUUUUCCCUGCCCUUCAAAAAGAGCCUCCUGGCCGCCUUGAUCCUCUGCCUCUUGGUGGCAAGGUUUGAUCCAGCUUCUCCUGCUUCCCUGCCCUUCCUGUACAAGCUGGCUCAGCUCUUCCAUCGGAUCCGGGAGGCCGUGUUUCCUCCUCUCGGCCAGCUUCCCAUCCAUGACUGAGGGGUCUUCCUCACUCACCUCACCUCUCUGCCCCUCAUGUCUGCGACGACAGAAGCAGAGUAACUCAUCCGUGUCAGCCUAUUUGUUUUGCUGGCUGGUUCCCUGUAGGAGUGGAGCCAGCCUGAUUCUAGAAAGAGCUGAUCCAGUCAGGUGAACUGUAUCUUGCUGCCUGAAUGCUCUCUCCCUCGCACCACACUUUGGCUUGUGUUGGUAGGUAAUGUGGAAACAGAGUGGGGCCAGAGAA